CUCAAUUCCUCACCUAGACACAUUUCUAGACUCACAAUCUGUCUAUGAUUCCACCAAAAUGCCAUUUCUGAGGCAAGAUUAAGGAACAAACUUUGCAGGAAUGUGAACUCAGGUACUGAGAAUUAGGUUUGCGUGUAAUUGAGCUGUCUAACAUCGAACGUAACUGCCAUACAAUCGGGGAUUUUAAUGCUGCAAUUUUGUAGUCCGUCACACAUUCGCUGAACUCGCAGAUAUGUAAUCUUUUGUCUCAAUCUUUUUGGUCCUUGUCCUCAAUUUACACAAGUACAGCCGGGCAACGUAGAUAUCAAACUCGGGUGUUUGACGAGCGGCGAGUUGCGUGAGAAGGCAAACCUACACGUGCUGCUGUUACAAUGCAAGCUUCGAUUUUCUCUACGUCAUGUAACCUUAGUGCGGAUUGAACUACCAUCUCCACAAAUACGGUUUAGACGUCCAGAGCUCAAAAACUAAAGUAGAUUUCCUAAGUCAGGUGAACGCAAUAAUUGAUUCAUAUAGCAGAGCAUGCAACUUUAUGUCGAUCUUUUACAAUCGCUUGCUGCAUUGGCGUUUAUGGUGCUAUUCUCAAGUGCAAGUCCUAUCUUUAACUGCAUUGUCUCUGUUACUUGCAGAUCUAUGGAGGUUGCAAAUGUAGGGAUUUGACAUUCGCUUUCAUGGAAUGUGGAAGUGCAUUAUUCCGUAGAUUUCUCUUCUAAUUAAUGUGCGGUAAGGUCCGUCUCGUGGUUGCUGGCUGCGAUGGCAGAUAGCAAUGGCAGACAGCAGUUGAUGAGGGGGUCAAGUAGCCACCUCCAGUAAAAUCUCUGAUCACAUUGCUAUCUUCCGGAAGGUCCAUGAGUGAGCACCGAAACUCCUCGUUGAAAAUUCGAUUAGAAAAUGGAGAUCGAGAUGCUGAACCAGAAGCAAAAUAAUGCAAACGGGGGAAUAUCUCCCUUAACGAUACCAAAACUGGCUCUAAACACCAGAUUCUCUGACCAAGUCGCCAGUCCCGUCGAGUUCCGGUCAAAAAUUCAAGAUCGAUCGUUGACCAACAUCAUCAACAACUCUCUCGCAGUCAACCUUCCAACAGCGGCACAACUUUUUCCUCAAAGGCGCAGGUCUUCGGCGAUCUCUGGUAGUGCGAACCUCAUGGCAGGGAGAGCGUAUAAACUUGUUCCUGAAAUUGGAAAGAAAGGCAGACGCGAGAGUCGAUUUCGGCAGCAACCUGCGAAGAGGUCAUCGUCACAGCAAGAAUUGCAACGAGGCCACGGCGACAAUUUAUUGGUGUCACAGAAACUGGACUGGAUAGAUCUCCAAAUGCGAUCAUCAGAGUACUUGAAAAAUCUCCGAGGGUUUCCACGGCUAUCCAUCACAACAGAGGAACCAUUGCACAUGGGACGUCCUCAACUUGGACAUAAGAAACGCAGCACUCUUGUAGUUGACGAAGGCAUGGGUGAAGCGGCAGUGUCGUUCAAUAGGUCAACAAAUAUGACAAAUCGACUCACCUUCAAAAGGCAAGUUCGGGAGGGGUCCGUGAGCAGGUCCUCGUUCACAAAACCGUUGGUUAGUACGACAGCGACAGAAGAAAGGAAACGGCGAGGCACCGCAGUCGAGGACAGGAGGGCUCAUCAGGGGAGCGUUGUCGAGGUUCCCUUGGAUCCCAAACAUUGGCUGUUGCAGUCUCUGCGCCUCCAAGACUACGAGCUUCAAGAGCUUUUCGAUCAGAUGGAAGAUGUGACUGAAAUGAUACCUUAUGACACAGCGGGAGUGCGAAACCAAUUGAAAGAGCUUGAUGGCAGGAAAUCAGAAAUGCCCCCGGAUGUUAAAAUGCUCCGAAAGGAUCAAACUCUUCUGGAUAAGGUGAAGAACUUGAUCACGCGCUACAUCGAAGUUCAAGGAAAGAAACGGCAAGACGUAGAGCCUCCUGAAGCUGAUGACGAAUUUAGGGAGAAAACUCCUGCUCUUUUCGAGUGAUGCAGGGCUUCGAGCGUAACCAGGAAGGAAACCUAUUACCUGUCUUCACCAAGGGCACCAGCCUGUGCUCUCUUUGUGGUCAAGCGAGAACCAAAAAAUUGACGCGUGACAGUGAGCUUUCCGCGAGUCCGUUGCUUGAGCCCCAG